AUGCUGUCCAGCCGGGCAAUCUAUCACCGGGUAACCAUGGUAGGACUGCGUCCAAGUGGCAUUCGCCUGCAACGGGGCGGCGAUGCGACCGACGUGGACGUCCCUGCCUUUGAGUUGUGCUGCAAGGUCCGAGAGAACCGUGGGGGGGUCGGUGUAGGUAAAGAGGUCGAGGGUCUGAGUCCCUGUGGAGUGGUCCCGAUCGCCCCAAAGCUCAAAGAUAAGCUCGCAUUUCUUUCCCUGAACGCCGUUUUUGACGACGAGCAGCUGAUCUUGUGGGUCCUGGACGAUGUUGCCAGUCUGGACCCAGCUGCGGUAGGUUCCGGACGGAUAGAGGAUGUCGCCGAUCUGAAAUUGACGUUCGAGGAUAGCGGGGGCUGCGGCGACCAGCGACGCUGCCAUAACAGGACCGGACACGAGGAGACCUCGUAUUGA